CUGUGUUCUUUCCUUCCUUUUACCCUUUUUACUUUGCAACACGCAUUCCAUCAAGAACUCAAAGAGCACGAUGCCAGUAUCAAGACAUUCUCGUUCAAUACCCCCCACCCUUACAAAAAAUAAAACUAAUGACCAUGCAAAAACUCAUAUCAAAAGUUACCAAUGUAUGCUUCCAACGGAAUUAUGGGGCCUCAUUCUAGGGUUUAUUCCUACACUCGACCUGUUCAGUCUUUACAACACUUCCACCUACAUGCGUACGCUCGUAGCUCCUUUGUUAGUAACGGUCAUUGCAUCAAAGUCUCUGCGAUUAUUUUUUUAUCAAGAAUAUGUUCGCCGUAUUGGAAUCAAGUUUGUCUUCGAUCACUAUGAUCUAAAGCGGGAUCGAGUCGUCUUUCGUCCACAAACUCAAGACCAUCAGCAUCAAUUUAAGUGUGGCCUUACACUACAGAGCCCUCAAUUAGAGGAAAUAGUCAUCAACUCUAUGUCGAAUGCCGCGAUUGCGCCCCAUAAAAUACGGUGCAUCGAAGAGAGCGAGCUGAUGGCGACUAGUAAUGUCGAGAGGGUUUACCAAUCAGAAGUAGCCAAAGUUCAGGAACGCCAGACCCGCACGCAAGCACCACAUGAAAAGGGAUAUCAAGGCUUCAAGAACUUUUUAGAUAAAGUCUGCUCAGUUAACAUUCGCAACGAAGGCAUACAUCAGAUAGACGGCUCCCGAUACUGCUUUUUACAGGACUAUCCAUGGUCACUAGAGUACCAGGUCAGCUAUGAACCAUUUGACAUAUCCCACGAAGCCUCUUGGAAAGGAAAAUGUCAAAAGGAUACGGCAAGUCUGGAGUAUCAUCAGAAUGAUGCCAAAAAGAAGCGGGAGCGGUUCUUCUUCGAUAUUCGAGAGGACCUCCGUGCUCAAACUUUGGGGCAAACUGAAGACGAAGGAGAGAAUACUGCCCUGAAUUGCAACGGCUGCGAUGGCUCAAGCGGUAUUAGGAAUGAGAAUUAUACCUCACUCAAAGGCACCGCCACGCUUUUGAGCCCAUCUGACGCUUUCAUCAAUAUAGACACCAAGAAAAGGGUAUUUAUUAAUUCAAGCAAAAUCAGUAGUAACAGCGGCGCACGAUUCUUUCGUUUACUUCGAUUUGAAUGCAGUAUGAACUUUCUGGAUCCGAAGAGGGCAACACGAAAUAUCAUAGGUCGUUGGGUUGAGGGCAAAGUUCAGCGUUGGAAGAAGGUUCUGACUGGCAAAAAGCAGGUAACUCCGCAGCAUCAUGACUAUCAGCCCAUGAUAUCUGCUGGAAACCGAGCGAGCGUCCAUUCACUUAAUGCUAGCUUUGGUAUACCACCCUCUCAUGGAGCCAUAGGCUCACUUAGGGUCACACCAGCCUCCUAAUAUGACGUUAUUGUUUUUGUUAAGCGCAGUAAAUACAUGUAUGUCUGGAUUCUCAGUUUGGAAGCGUCGAGUGAUUUGUUUUUUAACUUGCAGUUCUGCAUCGUAACCUGAUAUGUUUUCCUGCAAGCAUCCAUGUAUCGGGAAUAUCAUAUAGGGAUCUAUGCAUUCGAUAUAGCUUUCUGAGGCCCUUGGAAGAUGUAACCAUAAUAUGCUCUGCUAUAACGUUUUUCUAAUCCCAAAAUACUUCGAUGUAGUUCAGCUAAAAUGACUUUGGGCCCUCAUUGACUUAA